GCCAUCCAUAGACCACAUGACUCUUUUCCUCCAUGAGCGAUGAAUCUUCAUAUAUUAACUUUGAAUUUUCUAGCUUGCCAAUGGGUGAUAAUACAUGGUCAGCCUGUUUAGUCUUGGUGGCCUUACAUGAGGUCUCAUGCUUCUUUGCUUGGGCCACCUUACUUGACAUGUCAAGGCUAUCAUGAUUAUUCUUCUGCCUUGAUUUCCUCCCACUUGAUACAUGCAUAAUCUCAUCAUGAUGUUGGGGACCAGGUCUAGGCUUGACAAGUCGACAACCACUCGUGUAGCUUCCUUGUCUUCGUCUUUCAACAAAUAAACCUUGUUGGCCCCUACACUUAGCACUCAACCACCAUUGAUUCUUUGUGCAACAAUGUUUGGCUGGUGUGUAUGGUGACUUCUUAUACAUGCCCCCAUGUCCACUCUUUGUAGUUGGUGUCGAGUACUUACUAUCCAUUGACAUGGACUUGCCCCCCAAUCCACCCUUGUCCAUAAUCUCACGCUUACAAAAUCCAUGUUGGGGUUUGACUUGUUGUGUCUUCUUGAAGAUGCCCUCUACUCCAUUCUUCAUGGUGGGUGACAUGCUCCCUUGUCCAAACUUAGUCAAAUUAGCAUGCUUAUCGCAAACAUGUGUGACUUGCACUUCAUAUGGCUUCUUGGACAUGUCUUGUCCAUACUUAGCCAAAUUUUCAAAUCUACAAUAACUUUUUAUGGCUUUCUCACGUCGUGACUUGUUAGAUAUGCCCCCAUGUCCACUACAAGUGGUUGGAGGCAUGCCCCCCUUUCCAACCUUAGCCAAAUUAAUAGGUUUAGCACAAGCAUGUGUUGCUUGUGAUUGAUGUGAGCUCUUAGACACCACAUGCCCCCCAGAUGGACAUCUCAGCAUCAACUUGUGGGAAAUUAGACUUUCAUGCCCCCCUUGCUGAGCUCUAGGUGUUUUGAGUCCAUCAGAAUCGCCUAUUUGUCCACUUAAUAGGGGUGGCUUUGGGGGUGGGCAAGCAUGUGGUGGUACUUGUUCCACGUUUAACAAAUCUUCACCAUCUCGUCCAUUGACAAGUGUCUCAUCUGAUCUUGUCUCGAGAACGAGUGGUGGAACAUCACCUUGUACAUGCAAGACCCCAUCACUGUUGUUCAAAGUGGAGGUGGACCUCUCACCACAACCCUCACGUAGAGGGGACGGUUGAGUUGUCACUAGAGAUAACAAGUUCUCUGUUCGUGGCUGGGUAUACCGGCCACAGGAGGGAGAAAGAUUUUUGCACACAAUUUUAUUAUUUGGUGUUGGUUCUAAACCAUUUUGCGGCAAAACCAUUGAUUGCGACACUGGUUUUAUUAAAAUUUGCCCAAAAUCUCUUACAUCAUUUUUACUUAUCUCCAAAAUCUUAGCCACACGCCUAUCAAAACUUGAAUAAAAACAAUCAAGUUGAGAUAUUAUCUUAUUGGUACCUGCCAAGGCCUUCUCCAUGCAUCGUCGGUUCUCCUCCAUCACUUGGCGGUUCUCCUCCAAGGCUAGAUGGGUUUCUACCACCAUUUUGCGGUUCUCCUUCAAGGCUUGACGGUUCUCUGCAAGCAUCUUGCGAUUCUCCUCCAUCAUCUGACGAAGGGCCCCCACUGCUUCGCCGAGAUCUCCACCAGGCGCGGUUGCCACCAAGAUCUCUGCUCCACCGUUUCCUCCGGUCACCGCGACGGCCGCUUGGCCAUGCUCGAUGUUAGCCACCUGCUCCUCCACGAAUCCAGUCGGAACUUCACCUUCUUGGUUCCUCCGCCUCGGAACCAGUUGGACCGGUUUGGUUAUUCCAACCGCCACAUCAGUUCAGUUUGAUUUGGUUCAACUCGGUUUGGUCUGGUUGUGUUCUCCGGCGAGAAAACUUGUGUUGAAUUGAUAUUGAUUGCACCUCGACUUCUUUGGACAACGAUUUACUUAACACAGUUCACACCUCUUCAAACACAGUUCGAACGAGGGUGAUCGAUGUUUACACGACUCUCGAGACAGAUCUACAUUAAGUUACUCCUAUGGAGGUUCAGUGAGAGCUCCAGAUCUACUACUACGACUAAAAUUGCAGAGGAAAGGAUAAAGGGAUAAAAUUUGACAUUGUGUUAUCUGGUGUGAAUUUGGCCUCCUCCUCUCUGUCAACUCCUCCUCCUAUUUAUAGGCUUGAGAUGAUAACCGUCGUAGAAAACUGUCUUAGAGUAACUUCCAAAAAGAACUGCUUCCCUUCUUUCUCGGACGUCGCUGGCGUGUCAUUGUACGUGGGAUAAUCAGCAGUUUCUCCGUUAACCGUCUGCUCUUCAUCCUGGAACUGUAGUCUUGUUACUUGCCUCUCCCACAUGACUUGCCUUCUUACUUCCAACUUGUUAGCUCAGAUCUUGGACAUGGCCUCACGACGUGGUAUAGAUCUCGCGACCACGUCGAUUUCUAAGUUUGAAGCCAACGUGGUCUAGAUCUCAUGACCACGUCGAGCUCUAAGUUUGAAGCCAACGUGGUCUAGAUCUCAUGACCACGUCGAGCUCUAGAUUUGAAGCCAACAUGGUCUAGAUCUCAUGACCACGUCGAGCUCUAAAUUUGAAGCCAACGUGGUCUAGAGCUCAUGACCACGUCGGGCUCUAGAUUUGAUGCCAACGUGGUCUAGAUCUCAUGACCACGUCGAACUCUAAAUUUGAAGCCAACGUGGUCUAGAUCUCAUGACCACGUCGAGCUCUAAAUUUGAAGCCAACGUGGUCCAUAUCUCAUGAUCACGUCGGGCUCUUCAACUCGCGACGAGACUAGCUCCUUCUUGGAGACUUAGUUUGGGGCUUAAAAUUAUUAUCAUGAGGCCCAGUUCAAAUAACAUUAAUUUUCAUAAAUAAUCUGGCCUUAUAAAGAUAAUAAAUGCCU